GGUAGCGCUGAAGGGAGGAGUGUGGAAAAACGGAGGAAAGGAGAGAAAGGGAGUGCCUGGGCAGCACUGCAACAGCUGCAGCUGCAGCAGCGUGUCAGGAGGAGAAGAGGAAGAGCAGGAGAAGAAGAAGAAAAAGAAGGCUGCAGGAUUGCCUUAAAGGAAGCAUUUUCUGUUGCUUCUUGCACAAGGAAAAAGAUUUGAUAAGGAAGCCGGUUCCCUCCCCUGCUGAUGCUUUUUCCUAUGGUCUCAUGAAGGAGGAAUGCUUGGAAAUACUGUGAAAGGCUGAGAAGGAGAUUUGAAGAUGGACCGGACGGAUAGCACAAAGGCAUACGGCCAAGCAGAUGGCAAAGGAGUUGGUAUGGCAGCUAAGAGGGCCAAGUCUGGAGUGCCCCAGAGCACACCACGAGGUGAACUGAAGGUUUACCGGGCUGGUAGUUCUGAUGGCAGGAUACCAGUAUCCUCCAGUCUCCGCAAGCAGAGGUCCAUGACAAACUUGGCUGUACUCACUGAUGCAGAGAAGAAGUUGCACCUUUAUGAACCCAAGUGGUGCGAUGACAUGUCCAAGCCUGGAGCGGGGCAGGUUAAGAUGGGCAAGCCAAAGACAGCAGGGGGUGGCAGCAGCGCCGGUGGGGGUGCGCCUCUCUCUCGAAACCUUUCCAAAUCGGAACAUUCGCUGUUCCAGGGCAAACCCAAGCCCUUCAGCCCUCUGGCUGCCCCCUCUGCCCUGAGCAAGCAGAGCCGAAUACCUCGUGGUCCGUAUGCCGAGGUAAAGCCCCUGAGCAAGGCACCUGAGGACGGGAAGUCAGACGACGAAAUCCUCUCCAGCAAGGCGAAGGCUAAUGCUAAGAAGCAGUGUGCAGGAGCAGAGUCUGGAUCCAAAGGCCAGGGGGAGGAAGGGGGAGACAAGCCCUUCCUGAAGGUGGACCCAGAGCUGGUGGUGACGGUGCUGGGCGAUCUGGAGCAGCUUCUCUUUAGCCAGAUGCUGGACCCCGAGUCACAGAGGAAACGGACCGUGCAGAAUGUGCUUGACCUUCGUCAGAAUUUGGAGGACACAAUGUCGAGCCUGCGGGGCUCCCAACUCAGCCAUAGCUGUUUGGACAGCAGUAAUGUGGGCUAUGACAGCGACGAGACCAACGCUCGCAGCAUUUCCAGCAUGUCCAACCGCUCGUCCCCACUCUCCUGGCGCCAUGGGCAGUCCAGCCCUCGUCUCCAAGCUGGUGACGCCCCGUCCUCCACAGGCGUAGGAUACCAGGGGAGUAAGACUGGUACCCAGUACACAGCCAAUACCAUGCCAGCUCGUUGCUCCAGCCGCCUCAACAGCACGUCACGCAUUGAGCUAAUCGAAGGGUUGGACGACACGGAGCUCAAGUCUGGUUACCUGAGUGACAGCGACCUUCUUGGAAAGAGCCUGCCAGACGAUGACGAUGAUAACCUGGCUAAUGGUUGGGACGAGAGCAGCUCCAUCAGCAGUGGGCUCAGUGACGGCGAAGGCGAUGGCUCAGAGAACCUCAGUUCAGAGGAGUUCAACGUCAGCUCCUCCCUGAACUCCCUCCCGAGCACUCCGCUGGGAUCCAGACGCAACUCUUCUGCUAUGCUCCGCACUGAUGCAGAGAAGCGCUCCCUGGUGGAAAGUGGACUUUCUUGGUACAGUGAGGAUGGAAAGGCCUGCCAUAAGCUCGAUGGCAGCAGUUUUGACACGGGUAGUCUAAAGACGGAGGCCCCAAGCAAGUGGAGGAAGAAGCCCCCGAGUCUCAGUGAAGAUUUUGGCUGUAAAGGCGAGCUGAAGAAACCUCAGAGUUUGGGUCAACCGGGAAGUUUCAAGAAGGCUCGUAAUCCUCCGAUAGGCGUGACCUCCCCCAUCACACAUACCUCUCAGAGCACUUUGAAAGUUGCAGCACCCAAAAGUGAGAAGCCCCUGGAUAAGUCCAAGAUUUCCAUCAAAACUGCUGGUCUGCAGCGUUCUCGUUCAGACGCUGGCAGGGAUCACCAUGGCGAACAUCGCAAGCCCCCGUCAGGUCUAGUUAAACCCACUGCUGGAGCUUCAUAUCUUUACAAGAAACCACCAACUGCCACUGGUACCGCCACUCUGAUGACAGCAGGGGGAGCCACCAUCUCAAGCGGCUCUGCUACUUUGGGGAAAACCCCCAAGUCAUCUGGCAUCCCUGUGAAGCCUGUGGGAGGAGGACCACCCUCGGGUCGAAAGAACAGUUUCGAUGCCAGCAGCGAGCAGGGCUUUUUGGGGCCAAGUGCCCGGAACAGCAUUCAGUACCGCAGCCUGCCUCGACCAGCCAAAUCAAGCACGCUCAGUGUGAUUGGUCGGCCCUCAUCUCGGCCUGCCAGCGGUACCAUUGACCCCAGCAUGUUGACUUUUAAACCUGUCCCCAUAGCCUCCACAUGCCCCAGGGUUAAAGAACCGAGUAGCAGUAAGAUGGCCAAUCGAGGAAGCACUGGCCCAGUGAACCAGACAGACAGAGAGAAGGAGAAGGAGAGGGCCAAGGCCAAGGCUGUGGGUGCUGACAUGGACUGUGGUUCUCUGAAAAGAGAGGAGAGUCGGUCCACAGGAGAGUCGUCUCUGAAACUUCACGGCCUGAGACGGACCAGCAGCAGCAAAUACCCUGAACUGUCAUCUCCCACCACACCAAGGAUGCUGAACACUAAGUCUCUGGGUCGUCCUCCAAGCUUGGCUCAUCUGGACAAGGUCAACUCCAACAGUCUUGACUCCUGUGUGACCAUCCAAGACCUCCCUCCCAAAGUCCCCCCAUACUCCAAGCUACAGGACUUGGCAGGUUCCCACACCUCCUCCCGCCUCACCCCCAGCCCAGCGCCUGUGCUCCACAUCGAUUCCCCAGGCUCUUACACCAGUGAAAGCCUGAGUCUGAGCGGAUCCCCGCUGCUCUACCCCAAGCUGACCGGCAUGCACCGCAGCAUGGAGUCCCUGCCCCUGCAGAUGAGCGUGCCUUCUAGUGCCAGGUUUGUCAAACAUGAGUCACAUAACAAUGAAGAGAGGGGUACAGGAACCUGGGGAGCAGGAAGCAGGACAUCACUCAACCUACCAGAUAGCUUGCAAACAGACAGAAAUACCUUACCGAAGAAAGGCCUAGAACGCUAUGGCUCAAGCCUGUCAGAUAGUGAUGGAAGCAAACCGGGAAGACGCCACUCCCACACCAUAAUGAGCAUGACAGAGAGCGAUAGCCCCCCUCAGCUGCCUUCUCCCACCCGCCACCUCCUCCCCUCCUCUGGCAAGGCUCCUCUCACCAACGUGGUUGCCCCAAUUUCCAGUGGCACCCCGAGGAUAUCACGCUCAAACAGCAUCGGCCCCCCUAGUGAGUCUGCCUGCGAUCUGUAUGGAUCCUCCCCCCUGGGCAGCAGUAUGUCCCUGGCUGACCGGCCAAAAAGCAUGAUGCGCUGCGGGUCCUUCCGAGAACAAGGGGACGAUGUGCAUGGCUCUGUGCUCUCUUUGGCGUCCAAUGCUUCAUCCAACUAUUCAGCGAGUGAGGAGCGGAUACAAGGAGAGCAAAUCCGCAAGUUGAGACGAGAGCUGGAAUCCUCCCAGGAAAAAGUUGCAGACUUGACCAUGCAGCUUUCUGCCAAUCUAGGCCAGGCUAAUCUGGUAGCAGCAUUCGAGCAGAGUCUGGCGCUGAUGACGGCACGCCUGCAGAACCUGUCAGUCUCCUCAGAGACUAAGGACUCCGAACUCAAUGACCUGAAAGACACCAUCGAAAUCCUGAAAGUCAAGAACACAGAGGCCCAAGAAAUCAUACAUGUUGCCCUUAGUAAUCCGGACAUGACACCUAAAGGAGAAGAACCGCUGAUCAAUCGCCAGAACUCGUCAGAAAGCAUCUCCAGCCUGGCCAGCACCACCAGUCACUCCAGUAUGGGGAGUCUCAAAGAGCAGGAGGCCAAGAAGAAAAAGAAGAAGGGCUGGGUCUUUGAGUUACGCAGCUCCUUCAACAAGGCGUUCAGUAAGAAAGGUUCCAAACCAUCAGGGCCGUAUGCUGAUAUUGAGGAGAUUUCCACCCCAGAAUCCUCUGCACCUUCCUCACCCAAAGUCCACCAUGAUGGAGCGUACCCUUCCUCUUCACUCAAAUCUUCAAACUCCGCAACAUCAGCAGGACUCAGCGAAGGAGGUGAGGUGGAGGAUGAUAAGGUCGUAACAGAGUUGCGUUCAGAGCUGUGGGAGAAGGAGCGUAAACUGACAGACAUUCGCCUGGAGGCUCUGAGCUCAGCCCAUCACCUGGAGCAGCUGCAGGAGGCCAUGACCAGCAUGCAGAGGACAGUGGAGAACCUGAAGGCUGAGAACGACCAGCUGAAGACGGGCAGUCUGUCCCCCUGUCCCUCUCCUGGACCCUCCAGCUCCGUCUCACAGUCCUCAGGUCUUACUGCUCUGGGCGGUACAUCACCUCGGCAGUCAGUAGCCAUGCACAUGCCCAAAAGCUUCAGCAGAGGGCUGAGUGAGGGGAGCAGCUCAGACGUCCAUUCUGCAGAUUCUCUCAGUCUUUCCUCGCAGAGGGACGAUCACCGCGUUCGAGUGGUGGUUUGUGUUGCAGAUUUACGUGUCUUUAAAGAACAGGAGGUAAAGCAGCAGGACUUCUUCAUGGGCACAGUCCGAGUGAACGGCAGGAUGGACUGGCCCAUGUUGGACUCAGCUGUCAGCCAGGCCUUCAAGGUGUAUGUAGCAAAGGUGGACCCCACUUCCAGUCUGGGCCUGUCUACAGACUCCAUCUACAGCUACAGUAUGGGCCACAUUAAGAGAGUGCUGGGAGGAGAAGCUCCGGAGACACAGCCCUCUCGCUGCAUGUCCAGAGGCCCCAGUAGCAUCACGGUGGCCCUGAAAGGUUUGAAGGAGAAGUGUGUGGACAACCUGGUAUUUGAAACCCUCAUUCCUAAACCAAUGAUGCAGCACUACAUCAGUCUGCUCCUAAAACAUCGCCGCCUCGUCCUGUCUGGACCGAGCGGGACCGGUAAGAGCUACUUGGCUUCACGGCUUGCUGAGUACCUGGUGGACCGCAGCGCCCGAGAGGUCACUGAAGGCAUCGUGGUUACUUUCAACAUGCACCGCCAGUCCUGCAAGGAUCUGCAGCUUUAUCUUUCCAACCUGGCCAAUCAAAUUGAUCGGGAAACCAGCAUGUCGGAGAUCCCGCUGGUGGUUAUUCUGGAUGAUAUUCAUGAAACUGCUUCAAUCAGUGAACUUGUAAAUGGUGCUCUCACCUGCAAAUACCACAAAUGUCCUUACAUCAUUGGAACAAGCAAUCAGCAAGUGAAGAUGAUUGGAAACCACGGCCUCCACCUCAGCUUCAGGAUGGUGACGUUCUCCAACAACGUGGAGCCAGCCAACGGCUUCCUGGUGCGUUAUCUUCACAGGAAAAUGAUGGAGUCAGAGGAUGAAAGAAACCUAACCAACGAGGACCUGAUCAGGGUGUUGGACUGGGUGCCCAAACUGUGGUAUCAUCUGCACGCCUUCCUGGAGAAGCACAGCACGUCGGACUUCCUCAUUGGCCCCUGCUUCUUCCUGUCCUGUCCUGUCACGGUGGAUGAGUUUCGAUCAUGGUUCAUUGACCUCUGGAACCACUCGAUUAUACCGUACCUGCAAGAGGGAGCCAAAGACGGCAUCAAGGUUCACGGCCAGAAGGCGGUAUGGGAGGACCCGGUGGAGUGGGUGAGGGGCACCCUGCCUUGGCCGUCUGCCCAGCAGGACCAGGCCAAGCUUUUCCACCUCCCUCCCCCCAGCAUUGGCUCCAGCAGCCCCGGUCAGUUCUGCGAGGAGCGGCCUCACAAGGAAACUCCACCCAGCUCCAUGGAAUCUGAUCCACUGAUGGCAAUGCUUUUGAAACUUCAAGAGGCUGCCAAUUACAUUGAAUCCCCAGACAAAGAAGACCCCAGCCUGCCUAAACUUUGAACACAAAGCUUACACUUAACACGAAGCACUUCAUCUGUUAUUGUUUCAAUGUAAUGACACAGUGCUCAUUCAGGAACAAAUGAACCCUAAGAAAUGGUUAUAGGGGGAUUUAAACUGUCAUUCCCACAAUACAGUAGGUUUAACGUAACAAACACUAUUUAAAAUAGGACUGUUUACAAAUGUUAAAUGAAAAGAUAUAUGCUAUAAAUGUACUCUAUAUUUGACUGGAUGAUAUUCAUUUCACUUCCCUUUUACCCGCCACUUAGCCCUCCGUUCUCCGGUGCUAACAGAUCACUUCCAAACUCAUUCUAGCACUUAACAAUUCAGGGGAUUUCUGCAACAGCACAAGCAGUCCUUUCCUGUUUUGCGCUCAAGUGCAUUAUGGGAUAUGGAGUGCUUGUCAAAAGGAACUACUUGCAAUUAUUGUGUCUGGUUUUUUUGAAAAGAGUAUGACAGCAUCAUAUAAGCUACUGUGUAUCCCAAAAGUCUUUAGUACAUAUCUACUGUAAAGUCUUCAAAGGCCAAAUCUUACACAUAUGCAACCCUGAACUUUACAACACGAGCAGGUCAAAACAAAGAAAUGCCUUAAAAACAGACGUCAGUGUCACUUCAACUUCAGCAGAGAAUAGCAGGUGCUUUCAUCUUUUAUCAUCUUCCACUCAACCAAUCACAAAUCAGCUAUUUCAUCAACUCUGUACAUUACUUAUAUUACCUUACCUUUUAUUUACAAUAUGAAGUGCUACAUUAUUCUUUGAUAACUUGGUGGUACACAUUUCCACACACUAUCCAUCUUUUAAAUAAUUAUCACGGCUUAAAAAGUGGAACUUGCUGUCAUACUCUUUCGCAUAAAACGACGACUUAUUGCUGGUGAGGAGUUCAUCACUCUCUGGCUGCACGGCACCCUCUUCUCCGAGCACUUGAUUUGAGCUGCUUCAUGUCAAACGAGCAGCGUCACCAGUGUUGCCAUGUAUAUCAGGUAUUAGAUACACAGGGAUAAUAUAACAUAACAAAACACCAGUAAAGAUUUAACACAUUCAGUCAAUGCUUUUAAAUUAAAGUCAUUACUGUUUUUUUUUUCUACGGCAACUAUCGAGGAAAGAGCACAUUUGUUUUCAAUCUUUCCCCCUCCAUAUUCAGAGUACUUAUUGUAAAUAUAAUGUACAUACAAUCGGGCUACAUCACAGUUAUUUUAUCUCUAUAUGUUGGUGCAAAUAUCUGAAAUACUGAACCAAAUACUGUUCUUUAAUCAUGCAUAUUGACUGUCAAGUUAGGAGUUUCAGCUAUGAAUGUAUAGAAAACGGUUCAAGUACAAGGUUUAACAGUAUGAAUCAUCUAGAGGGUGCUUUUAAAGAAGCCUUAUCACAACGCAAAACACUUUCAAAAAUGGCUGAGUAGAGUGACUUAAAAGCUACCUUUGCAUAUUUCAUUCACAAACAGAAUUAAAGAUUUCUUUAUUAAUGCCACUCAUGCUUAAUCCUCAUCUAGGUCCUAACGGUGCUCUUAAACGUGUAGAAUGAACAUCAUGUAGACUUUCAGGGUAGCUUAGUAAAGAUGUGACGAAUAGAUCUGGAAGAUACAUUCUGAUACUUUUAGGACGUGUUGUUGAAGAAGUGUUGAAGACAGUGAAGUCAGUGUGACACAUUGUAUGGUGUUCGCCCAUGUUGAUGUCGUACAGUACUCAUAUUUGGGAAGCAUUCAGGUACACAUCACAAAAACAAACUGAUAGUAGAGACGAGAGUAAAAAGCUGAAGAUAAAAAACCCUUUUUAAGUUACUUUGUGUACGUUUUUGUAAAGAAUCCCUCAUGGAGUAAAUGAAUAAGCACAUGUAAGUGCAAGUGGUGUCCACAUUUUCCACCUCUUCAUCCCAAGCUGUGUCAUAGUUCAGGUGCUCAGAUCAAACUUCACAUGUACAUAAGUCCUGUAAAUGAAUGUUAGACCACUCUAAUGACAGCUUGAUAAGAAAGUGUCACUAUUUGUAAUUGUAUCCGAGCUGCUUCUUGCUGUUAUCGCACUCGUUGCAUCUGCCAGGUAUCAAAACUAACUUGCAGCUCUGAUUGGUCUGUAAACUCAAAAAGAUGGAAUGAAUUAAAGACGAUAAAGAGCAAAAAAAAAAAAAAGAUGUUAAUGGCUGACGACCCUGCUCCCGUGCUGAUUGAGCAAAUGUAAAUAUUACCGGUGUUAGACAGUAUUACCGUCCACUUCCUGGUCUGAUUCUGCAGGUUAACAAACGCCAUCAUCUCCAGCUUCUCAUCUCAUCCUCUGGUUGUUGUGCCUGUUGCUCUGUAGUAGCUGUGAUUUGUGUUUGCUUACUAGUGUACCGAGACUAUGCAGCAACUUCUACUGGUGUUGGCAAUCAACAAAUUUAUAAACUUUGCAAAAUGAUACAGUGUUUUUCAUACGGGCUCCUUUUUUUUAAGUAUUGAUUUGGAUCAAAUCACAGAAUCAAAGUGCAAAAUAUUUGUUUUUAGGAGGUGAUGCUGAGUCUUAAAGAGAGGAGGUGUUGCAAUGAAUACAGGGUUAAUAGAUGUAGUAAGAAAACAAAAGGUAAUUGGAAGCUUUUCUAUGUGUUAUGUCCUUUUGAAUGGCAUCAAAAAUAAAAUAUCUUAACGUUUAAAAGGUCAAAAGACGAUAAACGAACAAAAAAAGGGUUAAACCUCAAGUGAUAGUUGGCAAGAGUUGGCAUUUCAUUGUUUAGUAGUCAAAUUUACAUAGAAUCAAACCAGGCCAGGUUGCUGAAUAGUCAUAUUUUUUGCAAAGCUUGUGGACUAAACAAAGAGUUUAAAAAAAGUGAUGCGGUAUAUAAUGUCACUGCCGUGCAAAUGUUAAGGGUUUCUACGUGUUGUACAUGCAUGUAAACUUGCUAUGUGAUGAGAAAACAAAACAAAGUAUUGGUUAGGGAAAUCAUUCCACAUGAUGUUUUCCUUUUUUAAUACUCAAAAUGUUUGAUAUUUCUUUUUCCUUUUUUUUUUUCUAAAGAAUCCUUUGUAAAACUUCCUUUCUCUAUUUUGUACAGGACAUCAUUGUAAAGAUUGUAAAUAGGUCAGCAUUCUGGAUGCGGCAACAAUCAUUUAAGAGGGUAGAGAAUCAUCCUUGACAGAAAAGGUAUAUUUCUUGGGAGGUUGGUCCAGUAAUUGGAUAAGGCGUGUUUCUGAAGGCUUUCAUCCACCUAUCACUGGUUGUUUGGAAUCAAUAAAAUACAUGUUAUAUUUA